UCUCCUUUCACAACACAACUUCUCUCGUUUAAAGGAGGGGAAGCAUGAGCCAUGAGAAUAGCAAGAGGUGAUCCGGAGGGAGGGUAAGCACAUCUAGCCUAUCGAAGAAGAAAAGAGGGAAAAAAAGAGGAGAGGCCGAGAAGGAGCGGGGCAGGAAGCAGCUAGCCAGCUAGGUGAGGUUAACUCUUACCUAGUGUCGAACAUGGCCAGCCAUGCGGAGUUGACUCAAACCACACUUAGAAAUCACCACAAGAGUGUUGCAUCUGUAGUGAUACAUCAGAAGAACGGGACUUUAGCCGGCAGCGGUUUCAUCGCCAGGGAAGCAACAGAACACAGUAGAGCACUUGUUAUGACAGCCGACCAUGUCGUCGAGUUUUUCGAGCCUGCUAAGAAUGACAAGCUAUGCAUUAGACUACCUGGGUUAGACCGGGAGCUCGAGUGUGAGAUACGCCACCGGGAUAACUUCAAAGACCUAGCAGCUAUCGCUGUGUCGGGAGUGCCUGAUGGGUAUCCGGCUCUGAGAUUUUCCCGUGAAAGAGACUUACCAAUUGGCACCGCCGCCGUGUUAGUGGCAUACUACAAUCCAGAUAAGUUGGCAAAGACUAAGGGUCCUAUUCUCGUGAAGCCUGGAGCAUGUGGUGGAACCAUUGUUGGGCCACCAGUCAGGAUAACUAAAAACAUUGAAUGGACGGAACGUAUUAGGCAUGAGUGCGCAACGAUGAGUGGAUGCUCAGGAGGACCUGUUAUCGUCAAUGGUCAUGUCGUUGGAGUGAAUCAGUACGGUGAUAAUACGAGUGGAUUGGCCGCUAGUUUUGUAACUGUGGAGGCAGUUGUGAAAAACUGGGCUCAAAAAGAUGGUGAUCAUAGCCUAGACGACUUGCUCAAGUAUCUUUGACACGCCGGAGACACGUACACGAACCAGUGCUGCUUUCAGAUGCCGUCUCUCUGGCACUCUGGGUAUACUGCUCCAUGGUUGGUAGGUAAUGCUGGAAAAGGCACGGAAAAUGAAGAAUGUAGUCAAGGAAACGGAAGACUCGUGUUAUGAUGUACUGUAUGUCUUGCUUAAACCACUAAUUAGUUUCUUCUAUUAGUAAUUUAGUAUGCAGUCGAGCAUGAACGUAGCAGUUU